AUGUUCUGGCGUUUUGGUGGAUAUGCAAAUAUAUCCGCUAUCGAUACCCUCCUCGAGAAAGCAGAUGUCUCCCUCGAGGAAGUUCUCGAUGAGUCGGAGCUUAUGCAGGAGCUCAAGCAGCAUAAUACGAAACUUAUAGAAUAUCUGCGUGACGAUAAUGUCUUGAAACGAUUGCUUGACUAUGUAAUUUCACCCAGUCUGAUAGAUGACGAUGAUGACGACCACGAUGACGAUGCGCGAGGACAAAAGGACAAGGGUAGGGAUGGAGAAGCAAAGGAAAACCACGAAUUCGCGGCAACUGCGGAUUUGUCCGACCAGGCUAAGGAAAAAGGACAGCGGUUCGCCGACGAUAAACCCGCUGGUUUAAGUUACGGUCUUGAUACCGAUGAACUGGAGAAUGCAGAGAAGUCACGCUUGAAGUAUUCCUAUAUUGCUUGCGAAAUCUUGUCUUCUAAUUCCUGGUCAAUCAUUGAGUCGAUGAUGCUCAAUGAAGGAUAUCUACGGGACUUUUGGCACUUCUUGUGGAGGGAAGUGCCGCUUGAUCCACUUCAAUCCGGAUAUUUUACGAAGGUGAACGAAGUCCUUCUUGAAAAGAAGACCGAGGAAAUGCUCGCUUUCAUCAAGUCGUUAGAUGGCGUGGUGCCCACGCUCCUUCGACAUGUGGAUAACCCUAUGAUCAUGGACUUGCUUUUGAAGAUUAUAUCGCUUGAAAGGAUAGAGGGUGGCCAAGGAGUUGUUGAGUUUCAAAUUCAGUGGCUCCAAUCACAGGACCUGAUUCCAUCCCUAUUAUCUUGCCUUUCGACAGAGCAUACCUCUUCGACCCAGACAUCAGCAGGUGAUUUUUUGAAAGCAAUUAUCACGAUUUCUGCUAACGCUGCGCAAAAUGACCAGUCUUGUAUCGGACCCAACAGCUUGACGCGCCAACUAGUUUCCCAGCCUUGUGUGGAAGUUUUAAUAUCGUCAAUGCUGAAAGGUGGAAACCCACUUACCGUCGGAGUUGGGAUUGUUAUCGAAGUGAUCCGCAAGAACAACUCGGAUUAUGACCCAGAAAAUGUUGGCGGCCCGGACUCACCCCCAACGAUUCAUGAUCCCAUUUACCUUGGGACUCUCUUACGCAUGUUUGCAAAAAAUGUGCCUGGUUUUAUGGAUCUAAUACUCAGUUCAAAACAUAUGGUGAAUGAAGCUGGCCAACACAAAGUUGUUGAAAGACCCCGUCUCGACAGCGCUUGGGGAACUCGGAUUGAACCUCUGGGAUUUGACAGGUUUAAGACAUGCGAAUUGAUGGCUGAACUUCUUCAUUGCAGUAAUAUGGGUUUAUUGAAUGAGGUUGGAAGCGAUGAAUAUGUCAGAAAACGUGAUGCGGAGCGUGAACGACUGCGAGCACAAGGUGCUUUUAUCACUGGUGAAGAUGACUCGGGUUUCGAAUAUGCCGAGACCACGAACGAGUUCGCAAAUGGCAUCUCCCCAUCAGCACUUGGUUCUGGCUCGCCUGAGGAUAUCAAACGGCUUGACGCAUCACAUGCAGGUGAAGAGGAUGGUUUCGAACAUGUUACUUCAUCUGGAGUACUGAUAGACGAUGUUAAGGACGGUUUCGAGGAGAAGCCUGAAGGGGAAAUCAACAAUAAACCUGGUCCGGAACAGUUUACGAGUAUUCCGCCACAUGCGCCUAAAUUAGGACUGAGUGAUGAUUUUGUAGAUGAACCACUAACACCACCGGAGCAAGGGACAUCCUUGGAUGCGAAAGUCAUCCAACCUCUUUCUCCAUCUCUAGCUAGCGAUCCUUUAUCACCUGCCGCAUCAAUCCUCACGCAGAAAGUCGAAAACUUUAAGAUUGAUGCCGAACAACAGCAUGGCCCGCAUGAAAGGCAUGACUCCCCUCUCAAUGAAAACCCCACCAUUGACGUACCUGAAAGUCAACGUUCGGAAAAUCAAACUGGUAAUCAAGGAAGUGGUGAACCGGAUUCAUCGUUAUCCCCGCAACCAGAUGAUAAACCGGCACCUCUAUUCGCCGCGAAGGACUCUCCAACGAAACUGGAAAAUCAUCAAAUUGGCGAAGAAGACAAUAAAGGAAGAGUGGAAACCGGGACUGCUCUCGGGAACAGUUGCAUAACCGGGUCACUAACACCGUCGAUAACAAUGGGUGAUGCUGGAGAGAACGUUGCACAUCAAAAUAUUCAAAUAGAUACCGACGGCCAGCCAGUGGUUGGAGAUUAUCUAAAAAUCAUGUUUGUUGAGCACAAAGUCAUACCCACGAUCCUGUCAUUCUUUUUCCGAUUUGCAUGGAACAACUUUCUCCACAAUGUGGUAUAUGACGUUGUUCAGCAAGUAUUCAACGGCCCGAUGGAUCGUGGUUUCAAUCGAUCCUUAGCAAUUGACGUAUUCGAAUCGGGCCAUAUUACAGAGGAGAUUGUUCGAGGCCAACAACGAAGUGAUGAAGCACAGCGGACAAAAAAUAUGAGAUUGGGCUACAUGGGCCAUCUCACCCUGAUUGCAGAAGAGGUGGUAAAGUUCAGCGAACGGCAUCCCCCCGAACUGUUGUCGGCGACAGUAAUGGAAUAUGUCCUUCACCCCGAUUGGAUCGAUUAUGUCGAACGAACUCUGUCUGAAACCAGAGAAAGGGAUAAUGCCAUUUUGGGUGGUGUUAGGCCCGAUAUGUCUAUGGGCCAUCGGCAGGCAGUUCUUAAUGCAGUCAACGCCUCACAGGGAUUUACAGCUUCAACAGCGUUAGCAAAUGCCGGUUUGAACGGAGGAGCCCUGGGUGCAACAUUCGAAGGGUUGGAUAUUGUACAUCAAGGCAGCGCCUCGGGCGGUGCGUUUUUCGGCGGGGCUAGCGGGCCAUCCUUGCUCAGUGGAUUUGGAAGCUCGAGCGAUGACGAAGAUGAAGAAAUGGAGGAUCCAGAAGAUGACGAAGGUGGUGCGAGAAGAACUCACUCAACUGGCGCGGAGAACAGCUUUGAUAAUGAAAGGUCUCACGCGACAAGCCAACCGAUUCCCAUGCUAUCACCACCUGCGCCGUUGAACAUUCCCCCAUCUCGAGCUCGUCGUCAGCUAGCCGCACGCCUAGCAGCUCAGAAAGAACGGGCUGAAGCCGCCGUUUCCUCACCUCCCUCGGACGACAUUUCUAAGGACUCUGAAAAUACCGCUUCUGGCGACAGUACCCAAUCAAUGAACUACAGUUUUGGCCUUAGCUCUAUCAUGGACCCCUUCGGAUCAUCGGCACAGGGGACCGACGGUUUUGGCUCGUCCUCAGUGGGAAAUACAUCGUCAUACGGUGCAUUUACUUCCCCUUUUUCGGCAUACGGAAGGCCGUCUUCCCCUCCGUCUUCCCUGUCUAGUUUCCCUCACGUCAAUAUGUAUUCGUCCAACUCCUCCGACGAAGGUGACGAACUGUCCACCGAAGCUGUACAACGAAAAGGUCGACUUCCGCUUGAGGUAGACGACGAUGAUACGGAUGAGAUGAGUGAUAUAGUUGGGCCUCAUACGGAACUCGUUUCGACUUACUCCGACGAGGAAGAUGGGACGCUAGUAGGAGAGCCUUUAGGGUAUUCCAACUUUUUUGAGAGUGCGCCGUAUGGUAGCAGUACAUCGGGGACUAGGAUGCGAAAUGCUGGGGGGAAUGUAUUGCUUGACUCGAAAGAUCGAAAUGACAGCAGCGAUGGCGAAGAGGAUGAUGGCCUUGUAGAGAUUUUAGUGCCAGGAAGGAAAUAAUGACCGAAUUCCUUUUGGUAUAUGAUUAUCUUCUAUGUUCGAUGCAUUGCGCACUUUGUUUUUUCUUCUGUUUAAUCUGUUCACUCUUUCCCUUAUGGUCCGUGUUGUCUAAAGGCCCUUUUUUUCCCCCCAUCCUCCAGAUGUCCUCCAAACAUUGGCUUUACCAUUGUAUCCCUUCGCUGUUACCUCUUACCUGAUCCUCGCAUUAUACACCCAAAAGAAAGUGGAUUCCGGUCCUCCCCCUUUCUAUUAAUCUGGAUAAAUGGUCUUCAGUAUCGACAUUGUACAACAUAUAUUGU